UCUCACUCUCAAAUGCUCUAAAGAGAUAGAAAAAGAAAAGCAAAAACAAUAGUGCCAUAAAAAGAGCAAAUUAGAAAGCGGCGCCACCUUUUGAUUUUUGAGUUCUCAAAUUCGCGCAACAAUGGGAGCUCCUCCUCCUGUUUUUAUUUGGAUUCCUGAAGACGACCGUUUGCUUAUUAACGCCGUUAAGGCUGGUGCUUCUUUGGAAUCACUUGCCAAAGGUGCAGUUCAAUUUUCCCGGAGAUUUACUGUUCAAGAAUUGCAAGAUCGAUGGCAUGCUCUUCUAUGUGAUCCAGUUGUUUCUUCUGAAACAUCAUCUCUCAUGAUGGAGUUUGAGCAUUCUGCUUCGACAACAAAAUCUGACUCUAUUAGAUUUGAGCAGGCAAAAGAAAGUAAAAAGUGUGUUCUUGAGAAGAGAAAAGCUGAGAGCAUCCGCUCAUGUUACUGCGCUAUGCAAAAGAGAAUCUGUAACGACACAUUUGACUCAGUGGAUGCCGAUUAUCUUGGUGGAGCUGGAAAUAAUGACGAUCCUCAGUUCGUGGAUUGCAUGUUUGUAGAUUCACUGAUAGAUAAUUUUGGUAAUCAACAGUCUAAUUUUAAUGUCAUACCUAAUAACGUUCUGGAACAUGGAUCUGGGCAUUCCAUUUAUGCUAGUGACUAUGUAACUGCUCCUUCAGCUUUACCCAUUGGGAAGAAUCAUAAUGGAGAUGUUUCUGUUGGCAGCUUUAGCUUUCAGGAUUUCCCCAAUGGAAUUGAAGAAGCUCUUCCCCCUGCUGAGAAUCGCGAAAUGAUCACCGCUGUUGGGGGAUUGUGUCAACCAAAUGAACUGCCAGUUAGCGAAUUAUUUGAAGCAGAGGAUUUAGAACUUACACUGCUAGAUAUGUCAGGUCAAUUUGAUGAUGAUGUGAGAAAUACUUCUUCUGGAUAUGAAAGCCAGGCCUUCACCGCCUCAUUUCCUGACAGUGCCUUGUCAUUUGAACUGUCAGACUUGAGUACAAUUGCAGGUGCUUCUGUCCCAACUCCGUCUGAUUUUGAAAAUGCCGAGAAAGAACUGAGCAUUGAAAAUACAUUAGUAGUUCCAGUUCACGGUGGGGCAAAUAAAAUGGACACAUCAGGAUAUAGUAUUGUGACUGUUGUCAACCCAUCAUCCAACUUGGAAGACCAAAUCUCAUGUGAUAUCUUGAGAAAUUCAUCCCUUAGUACUAAUGACUACUUAGUUGAGCUAUCAAAUUAUUUGUUCAACUGUAAAGAUGACGAAGAGCCGCUUUUCGUGGGCCCUGAUGGAAAUGAGAUGAUUGAUGAGUCUUAUUUUGAUGAUUUCAGCUCAUUCUUGUUGGAUACUCCUGAUGACACUGAUAAUGGUGUAUCUGAAAUUUCAAAAGCUCCAGAUCAGCAGCUUCCCAUUCCUGACGGUGCUCGUCCCAGAGAGUUAAGUGACAAGCAUGUGAAUCAUUAUGGUGAUAAGCCUCUUGUUUGCAGUUCAGAGGUUCAAAUGAUAUCUUCUGCAUUGUCUGUCAAUCCUGCUUUUCCUGAAAUGCGUGAUGGAGUUAUCUGUUGUAUGUUAAACACUGAGGUCGGAGAGGUUCCUACCAAUGAUGAUGUUUUUCUUCCUGUUAGAAUGCCGUCAAUAUCUUCUCCGUUGAUGGCACAUCAUACAUGUGUUAAGACUUAUCGUCCAGUGUCCUCUGUCGAUGGCUUCAAAAGAAUGAACUGAUAGGUGAUGAAAAUGUCCUUAAGAAAGCAAUUGCACCAGAAUCAAGUGCAAACAGUAUACCAUCCAAUUGCAAAGACUUUCCUAUUGAGAGCGAUUAUUCUGGUAUAUGAAUUAUAUUUUCCUCACAUUUAUUAGUUGACCUUAACUAGUUCCGUUUAUCACUGUCCAGAUCCUUGAUAUGGAUUUGAGCUCAAAUGGCCAGGAUCUGUGUUCUAGUAAGAGAGUCAUGAAUUACCAAUUUGAAGAGUGUAAGAGGACAAUUAUCAGGAUGAAGGAGGCUGCUGUUGCUUUUACACAAAUAGCUACUGCUGCUCAAGGAGCAUUAGCUGUUUUGCAUGGCCGUCGCUCGAAGUAUUUGAUUUGAAAAACCUGAAGUUUUACUGGGAAGAGCGACCGAAGAUAUUAAAAUUGACAUUGACUUGGGCAGAGAAGGUCUUGAUGCUAAAAUUUCGCAGCAGCAGGAAACUAUAAAGAUGGACGUGUGUGGAGUAUUCUACUUGCAGAACGUUGGUAAAUAUUCAAUUCAUGUGAAUGUCAAAGAAGUUCUUCAUAAACAGAGCUAACCCUCAACUCUGGUUCCUUAAUUGCGGUCGGGGAAAUUACGUUAACGUUCUGAGAUGCAUCAAAAUCGAAUACAGCAGUAUAUAGACAACUUGAUGAGAAGCCAAAGGAGAAAUAAUUAAGCUUUUUCGACGACUCAGAAGGCAACUAUAAAGAUGGACGUGUGUGGAUUAUUUUACUUGCAGAACGUUGGUAAAUAUUCAAUUCAUGUGAAUGUCAAAGAAGUUCUUCCUAAACAGCGCUAACCCUCAACUCUGGUUCCUUAAUUGCGGUCGGGGAAAUUACGUUAUCAUUCUGAGAUGGAUCAAAAUCGAAUACAGCAGUAUAUAGACAGCUUGAUGAGAAGCCAAAGGAGAAAUAAUCAAGCUUUUUCGAUGACUCAGAAGGUGCUAAUUAUUUUCUAUUGCAAUAGCUGGGGACUAUAACAUAUGCUAUCCUGCUUGCUUUUGGCUUUUAUUUGUUUAAUUAUUUGUACCUUUCCCACCACCAUCUCGCAACUGCAAAUUUAAAUAGCCUAUUUAUAAGUGAAUGUGUGAGAGUCUUGAAGAGCUCUUCAAAGUGUUUCAUAACUU